AUGACUGCGAUUACAGUCUCGACCACCGGCCAUAUGCCGCCAAAUGAGGAGCCCACCCUCGACGCCUUGGAUGCAGUGGACUAUGAUCCUGUCGACCAUUUAAACGCCAUAUUCUCCCAUCCCUCUACCCUCUCCUCCGUCUCCCAGGUCUCCGGCACCCUCCACACAUACGAAGAUGAAUUGGAUGACGAGAUCAGCAUCCUGGUCGAGGAGCAGGUCACCUCCAAUGCGGACAGUGUGGAACGUAUCCAGACAGCGAAAGCUGAUUUGUCGGAGCUGUUCAAGAAGAUCGACGACGUGCGGGAGCGUGCGAUGAAGACCGAGCAAGCCAUCACGGACAUGACGGCCGACAUCAAGCAAUUAGACAAUGCGAAGAGGAACCUCACUUUGUCCAUGACGGCGCUGAAGCGGCUACAGAUGCUCACCACCGCAUAUGAUCAGCUCCAAGCUCUCAGUCGAACGCGACAAUACCGAGACUGCGCGCAGCUUCUGCAGGCGGUGAUCCAGCUAAUGGCCCAUUUCAAGUCACACCGAUCGAUCGACCAAAUUGCGAUCCUGAGCCGAAAUGUGGCGGAGAUCCAGCGGGACCUUCUGGAACAGGUCUGUGAGGACUUUGAAAUAGCUUUUGCUAAGGGCGAAGUUGCUCAGAAGCGCGGGAUGCUCUCGGAGGCAUGUCAGGUGGUAGAUGCACUAGGCGAGCACGCUCGGUCCAGACUAGUAACCUGGUACUGCAAUACCCAGCUUCGUGAGUACCGCCAGGUCUUCCGAAACAACGAAGAAGCCGGGUCAUUGGACAACAUUUCCCGCAGGUAUUCGUGGUUCCGGCGCAUACUGAAGAUCUAUGAUGAGGAGAACGCUGCUAUCUUUCCGGCCUCCUGGCGGGUUAACGAAAUCUUGGCCAACGUUUUCUGUGAGGGUACUCGGGAUGAUUUCAAAGGCAUCUUGUCCCGGUCAGUGCGCAGCGGACAGGUUAUUGAUGUCAAUCUACUGCUCUCGUGCCUGCAAGAAACGCUUGAAUUUGAGCAUUCACUCGAGAGUCGCUUUGCGCCUUCGCGCCUAUCCACGGACACCUUCGCCUCCUCAAAUGAAUCACCUGUGUUCAGUCAGUCUAUCUCCGAGGCUUUCGAACCAUAUCUGAGCGUUUGGGUGGAUGCACAGGACAAGCAGCUCGCCGCGCUGUUACCCAAGUACCGCCAACAGCCUCUGAGGCCCCUAGAUGAGGAGUUCAACUCGCACAUUGUGAUCUCCUCCUCGACUGAACUUUUCACAUUCUAUCGUCAAUCUUUGCAACAAUGCGCGAAACUCUCAACAGGUGGCAGUCUGGCCGAGUUGGCUAAGGUGUUUGCGAAAUACUUGGAUCAAUAUGCGCAGCAGGUCCUCCUUAACUAUAUCAGUGAACGGCCCAGCGCUCACACACCCUCGAAAGUACCGACCAUUGAAGACCUCAUUUCCGUUCUUAACACCGCUGAUUACUGUUACACUACAUGUACCCAGCUGGAAGAGAAAAUCAAGGGUCGGUUGGAUGAGUCCCUGAAACAAUCAGUGGAUCUACAAAGCCAGGCAGAUUCGUUCAUGGGCAUUGCUUCUGCAGCUGUGCGAGGGCUUGUACGGCAAGUUGAGGUCGACCUAGAACCAUCCUGGCGAGAAAUGCGCAACACGCCGUGGAGUAAGAUGGAGGCUGUCAGUGACCAGAGCUCCUAUGUUGGCGAGCUCGUAUCUCGAACAAAGGAUAAAACCGCGGAGAUCCUACAAUUGUUGCAUAAGCAGCAGUAUGCGCGGGCCUUCUCUGACCAUCUGGUUGAGUUGAUGUCGAGUCUGUUCAUCAGCAACAUUUUCCAAUGCAGGCCUGUUUCAGAGACAGGCGCUGAACAGAUGCUCCUCGACUCCUAUACCCUCAAGAGCGGCCUCUCAUCCCUCCUUCCUGCCCCCGCCCCAGCUGGCUUCGUGAAGCGCGUAAACAGCAGUUUCUUCAAGAUCGAAACCCUCCUCAAAACGCUGCAAGUCCGACCAUCACCUCCCGAAGCCCUGGUGCAGGCAUAUCUGAUCCACAUCGCGGAUCGAAACAACAACAACUUCCGCAAGAUCCUCGACCUCAAGGGCAUUCGCAGCCGACAAGAGCAAAACCACCUUGUCGAACUCUUCCAGCUGCACCGUGCAUCGGACCGCUACGCAUCCAGUCUACAACAAAGCAACCCGAUCCUCACAUCUCUUCAAGCGCCUGCCGCUACCACGACGGGCUCUGUCUCACAAGGUCUGGGACUCGGCGGUACCGCAUCCAUGCCUUCGCGCUUUGAUGCCUCAAUGCUCGGCUCUGCCAUCAUGUCCGCCGCUAAGGAUGGCGUUGACCGCUUCGGGAACCCCAGCCUCGGCGCAUUGGGUGCUUCUGGUGUUCCUGGUAUGACAAACACGCCCCCGUCGACCUCUGGUUUCGCCGGGACAACUGGCGCUCCCUCUCCCGCGCCAAGUACCUCUGUCCAGCAAGCCAGUCAUGCUCACACUUCAUCGGAGACCACUGCAGCUGGUAACCUCAAUGAGAAUCUCAAGAAUAUUGGGAAGUUCUUCCGGCGUGAUCUAGGUGGUUUUGGAGGACGGUUUGGGCGUGGCGCCGACGAUGCUGCGUAG